UGAAACAAGUGUUUGCGUUUUUUUUAAGGGACACAGAACACACAUUCGGCUUUAUUGGUUUGAUAGUUAGUGGGAAAAUACCCACAGUGAAGUCCCAGCUCAAACGUCAAAGAUGGAUAAGAUCGCGCGGAUGAAGCUCCCGUGCAGAUCAGGAUGGAAGCUGCUCCACAUGAGAGGAGAUUUGUUCACCUGUCCGUCCACCGAUGCCCUGGCGCACUGCAUCAGUGAAGACUGCCACAUGGGUGCAGGGAUCGCUGUGCUCUUCAAGAAACAUUUUCGUGGAGAUGAGGAGCUUCUGGCUCAGAAGAAGCAACCUGGGCAAUGUGCAGUCCUUAAAAGAUCUGAUCGUUUUGUGUAUUACCUGGUCACAAAGGAAAAGUACAACCAAAAACCCACCUAUGACAUUCUCAGAAAGAGCCUUGUGUCUAUGAGGGAACACUGCUUGGCCAAUGGCGUUAACAGUAUAUCCAUGCCUCGGAUUGGCUGUGGUCUGGAUAAACUGAAAUGGGAAAAUGUGUCUUCCAUUAUUACAGAAGUCUUCCAGGACACAAACAUCUCCAUCACUGUGUACUCAAUCUAGACCACAGCAGGUCUGAAACUCACAUUAUUCCUUAACCGUUCUUAAAGAAUGGUCAACGUCGGUUUGCUUUUUGUUCCAAUGGAAUUUCACAACAUGCUGUAUGGUGGGUGUUUAUUAGUCUUGUUCUGGAUUGCAUAAGUGCUAAAGAUUGUAAAAAGACUGUUCUAUUUAUAUACACUAAGAAUUUGGAUGUUCUUUAGCACCACUAGAGGGUGCAUGUCUGACUAUUUUACUUUUCAAAUCUGUCAAUAUUGUCCCAGAUUAAAUGAUCCUCAAUGGGGGGGAAAUAUAUAUAUGAAAUUAAAUAUUAUUAUUGUUUUAUUGGAUUGCUUUAAUCUUAAAAUGAAGAAAUAGUUUAAUUUUGUAAAUAAAGUUACAGUAUGUCUUCAAGUU